AUGGCUGCUCCAAGGCCUGCGCGCCCGAAACCCCUGGAAUGGAAUGGUCCGUCGUACCAGGCCAUCUUCAUUCGAAAUUUAAAGUUGCUACACCUGGACCAGCGCGAAGAUUGGCCUGAUAUCACCCUCCGCUCCUUAUCGUCGUCAUCCGCCAACCAGCGACAACGGAUCCGUUUGGUGGAAUGGGCUCUGUAUUAUUUGUUCAAUAUUUGGGACCCUGAGAGUGCACUAAAUAAACUCCGUCCCUUUUUCCCACCGCUAGAACCUCUACAAUCUGUCAACCUCCGCGCAGCGCUCUUCCGUGCCUUGACCGAAUUGAAAAAGAAUGGAGAUCUGGGCCGAGAAACGAUUCUUCGAAAGACAAUGCUAGACGAUUGUAAAGGCGAAAAAUUCGAUGAGUUACUCGCGGUCUUCUCCACAGCAGUUUUGCGCAAACUCCUGGCGGUGUCCGCGUCCGAUGCGCAAUGGAGUACUGCCAUGAAGCUGUCGACUGCCACGUCAAUUUCCACGAUCGACUAUCAGAAUAUGAUACCGCUUGUAAUUGCCCACCAGGUUUCCCUCAGUGCCACAGGGGAGCGUCGCGCACGAGUACACGAUGCGUACGAUCAAUUUUCGCGACUGUUGGACGAUAAGAAGGCCGAGCUUGCAGAGCGUGCGAAAAAAGGCUUAGUUGAAGAUGUAUCACAAGCGCAAGUUGGCUCUGAAGCUAUGGAGCGCGAGCUUCGAGCCAAUUGGUUGGGUAGUGAGGAGUGGGCUUCUGCUUUGCUUGAUGGAGGAGCACAGAGCGCCACGGAUUCUUUUCUGGAACUUCCAUUUUCAAAAGCUUGGAAAACAGCUACAGAGUCAUCUGUGAAUAGUCUCAGCGGUAGUGCGAAACAAGAUUUGGUUGUUGAUCUUGAGACACGAGUGCGACGACUUCGCAGCCGACUACGUAGGUGGCAUGAGUUCAAUGAUUCGCUGCGUAAAGAGCGCGGUGCUUCUGGGACCAUUAAUGGUGCAGGCUCACAAGGGACUUGUUUACUGUUUCGCGAUCAUCAGCCGCUGACGGUAGCAAGCAUCUCCAAAGCUGUACGGCAACCCGCAGACCGAGGACGGGCUUUGAAAGACGACGACAAAUCAUUCAUUUUGACUGUGAAUGAGGCAAUCUCCCGAAUAAACGGCAAACCUCGCGGAAAUAGGGGUCGGAGUUCCCCAAACAAUUUCGAUUCACCAUCACCAGUAAACUACAACACACACACAAGCAAGUCACUGGAAUCACCAGUAGUGGAAGCGGCGGCCGCACCCAGCACAUACCCCGAACCCUUAAAUCAAACUCCUGAGCUAGAAAAAUCGCAAGCCCAAACUCCGACUGUUCGUCUUUCUCCUGAACCAGAAGACACCUAUGACCCCGAGCCAAACUUUGAACCUGUGAAACAGAGAUCCUCAUCAUACUAUACGCUCGCUGAGCGCACCCGCAAAUCGAUGUCCCUCAUCCCACCACUCCCAUCACACGAAGCGCCUACACACCCCCGCCAACGCCGUGGCCCGCGGGUCUCCUUUCCAGUGAACCAAUUUCAGACACCUCGGAAGUCUUCUGGAAACGGGAGAUCAGGUGCUUCCACCCCACAAGACAAACUCUUCGAAGAAGAUGCGGAAUACAACAGUGUCUUCAAAUCACGGCCACGAAUCGCCUGUAGUCCUAUCUCAUCCCCAGCGGUGCAUGUCAGUCCCUCUUUUGAUGAAGAUGAAGGAUUUGACCUGGACAAUGAUGGUACAGAAUGGGCAGACGUAGAUUCUCCGUCGGUUGCCUCGAGAUAUAGAUAA